AUGAAGCGUCGCACAGAUGAUACGGAUGCAACAUCCAAGAGACAAAAAGUUAACCGCGAACCUGUAUCGUACUCACCGAAAACACUCCAAUCUAACCCGGCACUCUACGAUGGUAACUUUCCUUAUUUUCGACAGCCAAGAGAAAUCGGUUGUUUUUCUUUGGACAUUGACAGGGAAUUUCAUAAUGACGCUCGACAGCUGAGAUACUACUUCCCACCAGACGAUACAAAAAGGGUCAAGUUUGAUUUGACUAAGGGAUACGAGAAAUACAUCAAAAGAGACGACGAUGUUAAAGAGCGUCUGGACAUUUUAUUAAAAUGGGUGUUGGCGAACAGAGAGAAAUUUAAUUUACACAAGAAACCAGAAACAAAAGAAGAAAUCCAUACACAGAAAGAUGGAAACCUCCAUACAGAUUUCAUCACAUGGAGAGGACAUCUGACAAAAAUUCUCUGCACUCCGUAUGAAAACCGAGAAGACUGGAAAAUGGCUGUCAGUUUAUUCAAUGGAACAUAUUAUAUAAGUGAAGUGGAAACUGAAGAAUCUAGAGACAGGAGGAAAAAUAUGACAUCUGCACAUAAAGAAAUGACAUAUUGGGGUUAUAAAUUCGAGCAAUAUGUUGUGAGUGCUGAUGGUCACACACCUCCAAGUACUGAAGACACUGUGAAUAACAUUGAGGGAUACUGUACCGUGGUAAGAACGAGACUCAAUGAAAAUUCCUUAGUGUUUUCCGGAGAAGUAGACUGUUGCCGUGGGGAUAACACCAAACCAUCAAAAAAUUAUGUUGAGUUGAAAACAAGUCGAGAAAUAUACACAGACAGGCAGUACAGGAAUUUUAAGAGAUUUAAACUAAUCAAAUGGUGGGCACAGUCAUUUCUUCCUGGUCUUCCUACCAUUGUUGCUGGCUUUAGAGAUGAUGAUGGUGUAGUUACAAAACUAGAGACAUAUGAAACCAUGAAAAUCCCAGAUCUAGUUAAGGAUGAUCCGUAUAUGUGGAAUCCCUCUGUAUGUGUUAAUUUUUGUGACAAGUUCCUGUGUUUUGUUAAACAAGUUGUUCAAAAAGAUGACCCAAGAUGUGUUUAUCUAUUUGAAUGGAAUCCAUCAUCAAAAAGGAUAAUAUACACUGUACAUGAAGAUGAUCAACAAACAUUCCUACCAGAUUGGUUCCUUGAAGAAAUGCAGAAAUAA